UCAAUAUGUGCAAUUACACGUGUUCUCACCGGAGUUCAAAUGAAAGAUGUUACCUUUAGUUUGAGUACCGGUUGCAAUCUCCAAUCCCGAUAUGUUAAUAAUUUUGUAUUUUCCAUCCUUGAACUGUAAUUGAAAAUCCUUAUCCACAUAGAUAUAGUAAAAAACAGCCCUGUUGCAGGCAGGUUCAUUCCUUCCACGAAAGAACAAAGAAAAUGUAUUUAGAAAAUAGGAACAUGACGAACUCGGACGAACUGUAAAUUGGGUUGGAUUUAAAGUCGGAAGGAACGGACAACGUUAGUGGGAGGGUAAAUCUGACUGUCGGCCGCUUGGACAUAGUGAGAAAGAACAGCGAAUUUUCGGAGCACAGCGAUGGCGUCGUCUUCUUCAUUGCCCAAACUAAAAGAUGCUUUCUCGGGAAUUGUACCUGAGGGCAUUCGGAGAAAAGCUUCUGAAUCAAUGAUUCGUUGUAUGAUGUCUUCAUCAAUCACAGAGGCCCGGAUUCCAAAGAAAAUCUGGCUCUUCCCCUAUACACUUCCCUUAAGAACUUAGGAAUACCGGCUUUUCUUGACAAGGAAGAGCUUGAACUUGGACGAUCCUUUCCUUCUAGCAUCGAGACAGCCAUCAGCUCAGCUGUAGUUCACAUAGCUAUCUUUUCCAAAAGAUAUGCAGAGUCCCCUUGGUGUAUAGCGGAGCUGGUUCUCAUGCUGCAGAGUCCAGCUAAGAUUAUUCCUGUUUUUUAUGGGGUGGAACCCUGCACACUGCGCCACAUAGAAAAUGGAACGUACGCUAAGACAUUCAUUGGAUACCAACAGAAGUCCAGGCACCUAGACAAGCUUCAGCAGUGGAAGGAAGCCCUCCAGUCCAUUUCAUUUACCACAGGCUACGAAAUUAAUGAUUCGAAUGUAGGUGACCUUGAAAGCAUACUAUCAGCAGUCCAAAGGGAAGUACAGAGGAUAAAGCCUUUGCAAGUUGCCAGAUACCCAGUAGCACUUGACAAGCUUGUACAAGAUUUUGAAAUCCACUGUGGAAUGAAUAAACAAGAGGAAGGGAAGGCUAAGUUCAUCGGAAUCUUCGGAAUGGGUGGACUGGGAAAAACAACUCUUGCAAAAGAGUUGUUUAACCGAAACCGUCAGCAAUAUGAUCGAGCUUGUUUUCUAUUUGAUGUCCGGGAAGCCGCAGCUAGAUGCAAUUUAGCUGAAUUACAAAUGAGACUCCUCAAAGAUCUCUUCAAUGUAAAAGAUAUCAGCUUUCAAAGUAUAGAGGAAGGAUCGAACUGUUUUUGUAAUUCUAUAGAAAGAAGCCCUUCUUUGAGUUUCCUAAGUGUUUUAGAUGAUAUUGAUCAUGUGGAACAGUUAGAUGCUUUAUCAAUUAGCCAUAUGCUAAAAAGGUCUAGCAAUAGUCUAGUAAUUAUUACAACCAGAGAUGUAGGGAUACUUAUAGCCGAGGGAAUUAAGGUAGGUUAUCAUUUAAAAGGAAUGGAUAAAGAUGAUGCCAGGCAGCUUUUCAGUUGGCAUGCUUUCUCUCAACCUUAUCCAACAGAUGGAUAUGAGGAUCUUGUUGACGACUUCUUAGGUGUGUGUGGAGGCUUACCUCUCUCUCUUAAAGUUUUGGGGAGGCAUGUUCAUGGCCGAGAUGAUAACUAUUGGAAGUCAGAGCUUCAUAAACUUGGUAAGACAAUGCACCGAGAUAUUAGAAAAAGCCUCAAAAUAAGCUUUGAUGCUUUGGAAAGGGAGGAAAAACAAAUUUUCAUGGACGUGGCAUGCUUUUUUGUUAAUCAAUUAAAGCGUAUACCAAUAAGAGUGUGGAAGGCGUCAGGGUGGAGUGAUCAAAAUGGACUACAAUCAUUAAAAGACAAGUGUCUGGUUGAAGAAAUAGAAGAUCCUGUGCCCGUAUUGAGAAUGCAUGAUCUUUUGCGGGACCUGGGAAGAGAAAUGGCCAAUGAGCUCAGCCAACCUCCUCGUCUGUGGCGUCCUGAGGAUCUUAAAAAAUUGGAAUCAAAAGGAUUUGAAAACAUCUUCGCUCAAACCAAUGGAAGGUGUUUUCAUUCUAUUUUUGACAUGUCCCUGAAUUAUGAAGAUAAAUUCUUUCUAGGGAAAUUGGAUGACAAUGCAGAAACGUCAUCGUGUUUGUUAUGGCUUCACCUUCGGUACUCAACUAUAUAUUUUGAACCAUAUGCCUUCAAUUUAAAUAGUUUAAGGCAUCCACAUGACAAGAGCUCCAGUGUUCAGCCAACAAUUCCUCCAUGGGUGCCGCUAAAAAAUAUACAGUGUUUAACAAUCAGCAAUGGAUAUUUCAAAAGAUUGUGGCAGCAAGAUGCAGAGGCUCCCUCUGAAAUAAAAGAGCUGGAGAUUGACGGAACUUUUAUAGAAGAGUAUACAGAUUACUUAGGAAUAUUGACUAAUGUGGAAAAGCAAGUCAACGAGGGGCAACAUAUGUCAAAAAUGAAGUCAUUGAUAGUAAAGACACGUAGAAAACUUUCAAAAUCCCUCUCGAAGAAUUCUCACAGAAAGUCUUCCACUGUUAAGGCUCCAUUGAGCUUUAUUGAAAAUCUAGCAAUUAAAGAACAAGAAAACAUAGAAAGAAUUGAAAUUAACGGAAAUUAUUGUCCAUGCCUUCAAUCGUUGGAACUUUCUUCCGUUGGAAAUCUUAUUGAAGUGCAGUUUACAAGAGUUGAAACAUUAAAUUGUUUUAAUAUUAGCAAUUGUCAAUAUCUGAAAUCCUUGUCAGUGACUUCUGAUCUUACAAAGCUUGAGGAAUUGAGCAUUAGUACAUGCCCUAUGCUUGAGGAGCCAAAUCUUGGCAAUUUGAGCUGCCUGAAAAAGAUAAGAAUCACAAAAUGUGAUAUGAAUAUUGUGCCAGGAAUAUCCAGUUUCAAGAUGCUUGUAGAAUUGAAUGUUCAUGGAUGUCCAAAGCUUCGCGAGCUAUCUCUUGAACAUCUGAGCUGCCUGGAAAAAAUUAUAGUUGAGUGCUGUGAUCGUUUGCAAAAUGUGGCAGGACUGUCUCAUCUUCUAAAGCUUGUAGAAGUUAGCAUUUCUUUGUGUUGGACGCUUCAGCUUGAAUUGUGUCUGGCGGAUUUGAAGAGUCUCAAGAGGAUAACAGUUGAUAGUUCUGUCAAGGUGAAAGUUUUUGACCUGAUCGGUUGUAGAAGUCUGCAUACAUUAUCAGGAAUAUCAUUCGAAAUGAUUCGAGUGUUAAACAUUUGUGGCUGUCCAGAGCUUAAGAAUUUGCCAGUUAUCUGUGGUCCAAGUUGCCUGGAGUUGAUUAUAAUUAAUGAAUGUGGACAACUAAAUAACCUCAAGUUGACUGACUGUAAAAAUUUAAAGAGAGUAGCCUGUAAUUUUGAUCUUCAAGGAUUAUCCAUAUCAGAUUGCCCAAUGCUUCAAGAGCUGCCAUCUUUUGGGCGUGUAAAUCACCUUGAGGAAAUUAGCAUUGUCCAGUGCGGGAGCCUCCAAAACAUGACUUUACCAAUGACUCUUAAGCGUCUUGAGUUAAAUGCUUGCGGAGAACUCAAAACACUGUUGGGAAUUUCUGGUCUUACAAAACUUGAAGAGUUAAAUAUAAAACGUUGCUCCCAGCUUCGGCUUGAAUGGAACUUUUCUAGCUGUAACUUCCUGAAAAGUAUUACCACUGUUGAAUGUUGCAAUGUGUACCACAUUAGUCUGCCAGCUACACUCAACGAACUCACAGUGCAGCGGUGCAUGGAAUUCCAAAUGAUCGCAGCAACAGUCAGUCUUCCUAAGCUUACUUAUCUGUAUAUCAGUGACUGUGAGAAGCUUGAGAUGUUACCGGAUCUUGACGCACUCAGCUACUUGACCAUUGAUUCUUGUCAGAAACUGCACAACAUAUCAUUGCCAACGACACUCAUCAAAAUCACACUCCAACGGUGCAGCAAAUUGCAGAAGGUAGCAGGAAUGGCCGAUCUUACAAAGCUUGCAGAAUUGAACAUUAGUGAGUGUCCGGAGAUUGAGUUGCCAGCUUUUUGUGGUCUAAGUUGCCUGGAAAGGAUCACAAUUGAUGGGUGCAAGAAAUUCAAUUCUCUUCACCUGUUUGAUUGUGCGAUUUUGAAAGCAGUUAGGGGUAACUUUGAUCUGGGCCAUGUGUCACAGUUGCGGAUAUCAGAUUGUCCAGAGCUUGAAGAGCUACCUUGUUUGGCACGUCUAACUAGCCUCGAGGAGAUUCACAUAUUCAGGUGUGGGAAACUGCACAAAGUAACUUUGCCAAGAACUCUGAAGAAUCUUCAGUUGAAUUCAUGUAAAGAGCUGAAAAGAGUGUCAGAAAUAUCCGGUCUCGCGAGUUUGAAAGACCUGAUUAUUUCUAACUGUGGGCAGCUUGAGCUUGAUUUGCGUCUCGAGGAUAUGGACUCUCUCCAGACUAUAAUAUUUGAUUGUUGUUCGAAGAUCAAGUCAUUUCUGUUGAACAAUUGUCAAAAUCUGAAAAGAGUGUCGGGUAACUUUGAUGUGGACUCGAUUUCCAUCUGUGGUUGUCACGAGCUUGAGGAGUUGUCAAUAAGUGAUUGUCCGGGACUGAGCUGCGUGGAGAAGAUUUAUAUUGAAUCAUGUGAUAAGCUGCAAAACAUAACAUUGCCAACGACACUCAUCGAACUCAAAAUACAGUUGUGCAGAGAAUUGCAACGAGUUGCCAUUAGUGCAUUUCCAGAGGUUGGGAGGUUGUCAGUUCUUGCCAGACUGAGCUGUCUGAAGAGCAUUACCAUUGACUCUUGUGAAAAGCUGAAGAACAUAGAAGGUGUUCAAGACUUGCAGGCAUUGGAAAUAAUCCAGCUUCUAUAUUGCAGCUACGCAGCAAUAAAUGAUUGCAUUCCCAAGUUGAAGCGAAUGCCGUCAGCCUUUAUUCAAGUAGUUGGAAGAGCAGCGGAGGGGGCGGAGUCAAAUUUGAACCCUUCUUUGAUAUCUGAGGCUUAUCUUUACCAGUCAGACAUUUGGCAUUCAAUGAGUGCAAUCAUCAUAUGCAGUGUGGUUGUGGUCGACGUCAAUAACUCUGUUCCAGAUAACACCAUAAAUGAAUCCCUCGAAGAUUCUACGUGGAAAUUUAACUUGAGACAAGGAGAAUGGAUAAUUACCACGAUAAUUACCCACCAGAAUUAUAGAUUACUUUACAAGCAAUUUGAUAACCUUAGUAAACAAGGAAUUAUGAAGAAGUGGUGCGCGUGGGGUGUGAAUAAAUGUGAAGAUUGGAGAAUCUGCCAUGCUUUAACAACAAUUAUUGAUGAGCUACAUCAGAAAUAAUUUUGAACAAAAAAAAAUGGAUAAUCAUUUCUUGGAGGCUAAGUUAAGGAAGGAUUUGCUUUCCUUGGAGAUUUAUGCUCAAGAAAGAAGAUUCUUUUAUUGAAAUAAAAAAAAGAUGAUGUUUUUAGAAUCAUUUAUGAAAAUGAUUUCUUCAACUUUUUUGCUUUAUUGAAGAUGGAGGUUGCUGUCUUCGGCACCUAACUUGUAAAGCAUUAUAUGCUUGAUUUGUAUUUCAUUGUAGAAG